AUGACGGUGGAAAUAGACACGGCAGAGGUGAUGGAUUUGGACGAAUGCCUUGAGAAGCUCUACAACGGAACAUUGCUCUCGGAAAGAGUGCUCGAGUGGCUUGCUUUCAAGGUAAAGGAGCUGAUAGUGGAUGACGCCAACAUUGUGCACAUACAGUCGCCUGUGACAAUGGUGGGAGAUAUUCACGGGCAGUUCUACGAUUUGCUUGAGAUCUUCAAGAUCGGGGGAUAUCCCCCGAACACAAACUAUCUUUUCCUUGGUGACUAUGUCGACAGGGGGUACCAUUCGAUCGAGACGAUUUCGUUGUUGAUUGUGCUCAAACUCAAGUACCCGUCCCGAAUAACACUAAUACGGGGGAACCACGAGUCCCGGCAGAUCACAACGAACUACGGCUUUUACACGGAGUGUGUCACGAAAUACGGGUCCGACAGCAAAGUGUGGUCGAUCUUCACGGACUUGUUUGAUUUCUUGGUGCUAUCUGCGAUUGUGGACAAUACGCUCUUUUGUGUUCACGGUGGUCUUUCUCCGAAUGUUCAGACAAUAGACUCGAUCUCUGUCAUCGACCGCUUCAAGGAAAUACCACACGACGGACCUAUGGCGGACUUGAUGUGGAGUGACCCAGACAUCGAGCUCCUCAACUUCCGAAUAUCCUCAAGAGGUGCAGGAUACCAAUUUGGGAUCAAUGUGGUGAACAAGUUCUUGCGGAUCAAUGGAUUCGAGAAGAUCUAUCGUGCACACCAGCUUUGCAACGAUGGGUUCCAGGUGUUCUGGAAGGGGAAAGUGAACACAGUGUGGUCUGCGCCGAACUACUGCUACCGCUGCGGGAACAAGGCAUCGAUAUUAGAGGUAUUCGAUGACUCAAAGAAUCCAGAGAGCAUAAGAUUCAACGUUUUCGAUGCCUCACCUGACAGCGAAAAGGAGUUUUUGAGAAUUGAAGGGAACAACCUCAGCUCCGGAGUGGGCGGUGUCGACAGAUUUGACGGCCUCGACGGGUUCGGAGGCUCCUCAGACUUUGAAGACAACUUUGAGCAUCGAAUGAACAAAAAGGCGCCAUAUGUGGAGUACUUCAUGUGA